UAGAAGUAAUAUUGCAGCUAGUCUACUGCCGUUGACUUGUGAGUUGUCCAUUACAUUACAAAGAAUGGUUUACUGUAUUGCGUUCGGUUGCAACAACAAGGACGGAGAUCACAAACGUGGUGUGCGCUUUCAUCACUUACCUCUUAGGAACAAGCCUCUGCUGAAACAAUGGCUGACAAAGCUUCGAUUACAGAAUCCUCCUGUUAGACGUAGUAGCUUGGUCUGCAGUGAACACUUCGAACCGGACUGUUUUCAACGAGAUUUGCAAGCAGAAUUACUGGGAACAAAACCACGAAUUCACCUCAAGCCAGAUGCUGUCCCAACAAUUUUCACUUUCACCUCCAAACGAAAACAACGAUCAACAGGACAGAAACGAAGACACAAUCAGGUUACUAUUUACUGUAUGUUUCAAUCAACCUGUCACUUAGAGCAGACCCUGUUGAUGUAGGCCCUUACUGAAGUAAUGAAACAACAUGCUAAGGUUGCUAGAGUGCCUAACUCUGAUGAUGAUUAUGAGCACCACCAAGAAAUCGACAAAGAAAACAAUUCUCCUGGAACCAAAGCACGUGAAUUUUGUGAUGCUUCAACACAAUAUGAUCUUAGAGACCUGGCUGAAACAAAGGAACAUUCAUACUGUGUGAGAGAAUCUUCACCAAUUCCCGAGGACAUGCAUUCUAGUCAACUUCAGCCACCACAAAUUGCCCCAUGGUUAGUAACACCAGUAACUGACAGUUGUCAGUCCACAGAGUCUGAUGAAGAGGCACAUUCUCCUAAUACAGACAGUGAAACAGAGAAAUACUGCGUCUUUGACACAUCUUGUACUUCACAAGAUUCGGAUAUCGAAAUGGGUGGUCAAGAGGACCAAAAAUUCAUUGUUUUCAGAAAUUCCUUGAGUGAACUGUUCCGAUUCUGCCCAACAUGUGGCUCUUCUGUAGUCAGCCAAUCAGAAUCAACAAGUGGAACAAUGUUAGUAGUAAAAAUGGAGUGCUCAAAAGGGCAUAAUGUAAACUGGCAGUCCCAACCACUUGUUGCUGGUCUACCUGCCGGAAAUCUUAUAACCGCAGCAGGGAUUCUGUUGUCAGGAGGAACAUUCCGCAAAUUCAGCCACUUUGCUCAAAUCAUAAAAUUGCAAUUCAUCUCGGAAUCAUCAUUUUAUCGAUUGCAAGAUGAAUACCUGUGUCCUGUGGUUAAUGAAACGUGGAAAAGUCACCAGGAAUCUAUACUAGAAAACUUCAAAGACAACCCUUUACACCUACUGGGAGAUGGACGAUGUGACAGCCCUGGAUAUUCCGCUAAAUAUUGUACAUAUACUCUAGUGGAGCAAGAUACAGGGCUUAUUGUUGAUUUUCAGUUGGUGCAGGUCAGCGAAGUUUCCAAUUCUGUUGGGAUGGAAAAAGAGGGGUUUCUACGAUCAGUCAAUGAGCUAGUAACUAAAGGAUUAACUGUGGCUCAAAUUGCUACUGAUAGACACCUGCAGAUAACAUCUGUCAUGAAAAAGCAGUUCCCUGAUAUAGAUCAUCAGUAUGAUGUUUGGCACGUUUCAAAAAGUGUUAUCAAAAAGUUAACCCAACUGGGUAAGGCAAAGGGCUGUAGUAACCUUCUUCCAUGGAUAAGAUCUGUGGCAAAUCACUUGUGGUGGUCAUCAAAAUCAUGUAAUAGACAGGCUGAAAAUCUAAGAGAGAAAUGGAUUUCUAUUAUUUACCAUACAAUCAAUGUCCAUUCAUGGGAGAAUGCUACAUCUUUUGGCAAGUGUGAACACAACGAAUUGUCACUUGAAGAGAGCCAACGAAAGCAGUGGUUAAAGAAAUGUUCUCCUGCACAUGAUGCACUGAAGUCGGUAGUCCUAAACAAGAAGCUUUUGAAAGACCUUGACAAGCUAACGGACUUCAGCCACACUGGUAAUUUGGAAGUUUACCAUGCUCUUCUCACUAAAUAUUGUCCUAAGAGGCAACAUUUCAGCUACAAGGGGAUGCUUGCAAGAACACAGCUGGCUGCACUUGAUCAUAAUCACAACACAGGAAGAAGGCAAGCUACCACUAGCAGUGGAGAAGUGAGAUACAAGGUGGUUUUUCCCAAACCUACCAAGAUCUGGGUUGCAAAGCCCAUCACUGAAUCAAAGAGCUACGGCUAUCUGCAAGGAAUCCUUAAAGCAGUUUUAAAUAAACGACAGCUGAAUCCACAACCUCUUCGAAAACACAAAACCACUCAAGGAAACUGUUGUUAG